CAUCGGUAACAAACAGACGCUUGGGCGUGAGAAAGAAAAUAGAAAAUGUGGAGUGCUUCAAAUUUCUGUAGUUUUAUUUCUACAUGGACAUGCGACCAUGAUCCAAGCUUUAUUUCUACAUACACGACUUGCAGACAUACGGAUGAAUGGGGUGGUGACCCUGACCCCACUGUAGAUGAAGGACAUCUCUUGUCAAGGUCACAGUCUUUGACCUUCACCCAGGAGCCCAGUAGACACGCCCACCUGGAGCUCACAUGUGCUCUCAGACCUAGUUACAACUUUAGCAUCAUUGGUGUGGAGAUUAUCAGCGAGGUACACCUGGUGGAAUGUUAUUCAAGUGUUGAUGGCUACUUGAAGAGUUGCAAGGGGAGAAAACUCGAGCAAACAGAUGAAGGGAAUUCUUCUGGGGAAACAGCAGCUGCUUACCUUGUGUCUGUCAAGUUUGAUCAACCUGUGAAUGAUUUAAACAUUAAGUUUAUGGGGACCCAGCCACGGUCAGAGGUGAGAUGCUUUCGACUGGAUGUAAAGUUGUUGCAGGAGGAUAUGUCUGGUGGCCAGUCUCGACCUGAGGGUCAGGUUGAUAUGGCUAGGGUGCGGGGUUACCUGCAUGAGAUGGGAGACAGUCUGCCCAGCCAGGCUACACAGUUAAUGGAGUCUGUGGAGCAAUUCCAGCAGACACAGAUGUCCGGUAUGGGUCAGAUGUCAUCAGCCCUUGGUAUGAUGGCAGGAGAUAAUUCUUCUAUUUUAUCCAACCUCCUUGCCAUGGCAACAGCGAGGUCCCAUAACCUGUCGCAGAAUUCCUCAGCAUCAACAGCUGCCAUAAACACUUCACAAGAUUUAGAAUCUCAGAACCACAAGCCAUCCCCACUGGAGGCCAUGCUUAUGAAGGUCAGGGAGGGUGAAGGUCAAGGUGAGCCAAGGGUCGAAGGUCAGGAUGGGAUGUUUGCUAUGCUGCAGAACAUCUGUGGCAAGGUCAGCGAGUUGAGGGUGAAGGAUGCUCAGGAAGAAAAUAAAGUGGAUGCAGACUCACUAAGCAGUCAAGACAGUGGUACUCCCCCAGCAUCACAGCCAGAUGCAUCGGGCCAAACCAAGAAGGACAUAGAGGACACAGUUGCCAUCUUGAUUGGGGAAAGUGAAAGCCGGCUUAAACAGUAUAUUGAUGACAGGUUCUCAGCCAUGGAGAAGAGGCUUAUGGAUAAAAUGGAGAGUAUAGUGAUGCUGUUAGACUCGUGAUGGGCAAGAAGUGUUGGUGUAUAAAGUAAUCUGUGAUAUGAUUAUCAACUUCCAUAGUGUGGUUUGUAUAGUUGGUGUGUGCAAUAAAAGUGAUGUUUAGGGAUAAAACCAUGAAGUUUUGUCGAAAAUGGAUUGUUUAUGAUUGAGGGGGUUGAUAUUUGAUUGCAAAAUCAAACAGCUUGUCUGGUUAUUUACGAUGAUAACUUAUGAUUUUAGAUAUAUUUUCCAUACCAUGUGGUGUUCCACUAUAUCAUAUUCAGAUGCUGAAACAUAAGACAAGACUAGCUAACUAAUAGUGACUUGGUCAGGAAUGUUGAACAAAUUAUUCCUGCCAUUCUUAUUCUAGGUAGCUGUUGAACUGGCAUCUAUUCAUUCAUUUGAUGAAUGAAUGAAAUUUGCUUAAACAUAAUGUGUAUUCAACAAGGACUUGAAUGAAGUCUGCACAAACUUGUUAUUUGAAAAGCUUUUCAAGGAAAACUAGAUUUUGUCAAGUUUAUUAAUAUUGUAAAAUGUAAACAUUGUAUGAAUCUUUUAAACAAAUUCCAUCUGUGAGAUUUUUUGGAUGUAAAAACAUGCAUGCAUCAAAAUCAUGGGAAUAAAUCAAUAUUUAUUUGUAUAAUUUCUCAUAGAUUAUUUAC